CGUUACUUCCCUAGAGCCGUGUGGGUCCGAUUGGAAACGGUGCUGCAGCAAUGAUCCAGUGGUUUGGUGGGAUAAUGAAUAAAACCACGAUGGAGACCUGGAGUGUAUGGUGCAUAUUGCUGAUCAGCUCACUUCUCCCCAACGGCUUUGCCCACAGUGACUUCUAUACUUCUGUUGGCCAAAUGACAGAUCUGCUGUUUAUAGAGAAGGACCUGUUAACGUCUCUGAAAGACUAUAUCAAAGCAGAAGAGAGCAAGCUGGAGCAGGUCAAACAUUGGGUUGAGAAAAUGGAGACACUAAUAACAACUGCUACACGUGACCCUGAGGGUUUCCUUGGUCACCCGGUAAAUGCCUUCAAACUGAUGAAAAGGCUGAACACAGAGUGGGGUGAAGUAGAAGACCUGGUGCUUAAAGACAUGUCUGAUGGAUUUAUCUCCAACCUAACCAUCCAACGGCAGCACUUUCCUAAUGAUGAAGACCAGGCAGGAGCAGCCAAAGCUCUGCUCCGUCUUCAAGACACCUAUAAUCUAAAAACAGAGGUUAUCUCCACUGGAGAUCUACCUGGUUUGCCUGCAGAUUUGCCGUAUAAGAGCACUCUGACAGUGGAGGACUGUUUUGAGUUGGGGAAGAUCGCGUACUCCGAGGCCGAUUACUAUCACACAGAGCUGUGGAUGACGCAGGCUGUGAGACAGUUAGAUGAUGGCGAGCAGUCAAGCGUUGAUGCUGUGACCGCCCUAGACUACCUGAGCUACUCUGUAUACCAGCAGGGGGAACUAGAGAGAGCACUGGAGCAUACAAAACGACUGCUGACACUAGAUCCAACUCAUCAGAGAGCCAAUGGCAACCUAAAGUACUUUGAAUACCAGCUGGCCAAGCAGAGAAAAGUAGAGAAGGAGCAGAGAGGAACAGAAGAGGAGAAAGAAGAGCGAGAAAAGGGAGAGGCAGACAGGAAGAAGGAUGUCCAUACAGAAAGGAAGAAGUAUGAGCAGCUUUGCAGAGGCGAAGGAGUCAGGCUGACCCCACGCAAACAGAGCCGGCUAUUUUGCCGGUUCUAUGACAACAACAGGCACCCGUACUAUGUGCUGGGCCCGGUGAAACAGGAGGAUGAGUGGGACAGACCACGCAUAGUACGUUACCACAACAUCAUCAGUGACAGGGAGAUGGAAAAAGUCAAAGAACUGGCCAAGCCCAGGCUGCGCCGUGCCACCAUUUCCAACCCUGUCACUGGUGUACUGGAGACCGCCCACUAUCGUAUCAGCAAGAGUGCCUGGUUAGCAGCCUAUGAGCACCCAGUGGUGGACCGUAUUAAUCAGAGAAUUGAGGAUCUUACAGGUUUGGAUAUGAAAACAGCAGAGGAGUUACAGGUGGCUAAUUACGGUGUCGGAGGCCAGUAUGAGCCACACUAUGACUUUGGACGGAAAGACGAGCCAGACGCCUUUAAGGAGCUGGGCACAGGGAAUCGCAUUGCCACCUGGCUCUUCUAUAUGAGUGACGUGUCAGCAGGGGGAGCCACAGUGUUCCCUGAAGUAGGAGCAGCAGUAAAGCCAAUAAAGGGUACAGCAGUGUUUUGGUAUAACCUGUUUCCAAGUGGAGAGGGAGACUAUAACACAAGGCACGCUGCAUGCCCUGUACUUAUGGGCAAUAAAUGGGUUUCAAACAAAUGGAUCCAUGAAAGAGGUCAGGAGUUCAGAAGGCCCUGUGGACUGCAUCAGACAGACUGAUGAUGACCUUUCCUGUCCGGUCCUCCUCGUUUCUGUCCACUUAGUGGUUUAAUGCCUAUACGAUGUUCCUGGUUAAACCCCAGCCCCACCCAUCUUUGCCUUUAACAAUCAACUUUGAUCCGCCAUAUUUUAUUUUUAUUCAAAUGGUGUAUGUGUGUCUGCCAACAAAUGUCUCCGAUGCCGCUGGUGCCUUUUAUCGUUGCUCAAAAUAGCUGCAGAGAAGAAAGCAGUGACACUCCACCGCAUGACACUCCACAUUUCCAGGUCUUAAUAUAGCUGAGGUACUGUGGGGGAAAAUUUCAAAACUUCAAUAAAGUAUCCACAUGGUACCAGAUUUAACUGAGCUCACAGAUCAAAAUGAAGACAUUUCAAACCUAAACCCAUUUCAUCUAAAUGAAAUGGGUUUAGGUUUGAAAUGUCUUCAUUUUGAUCUGUGACCUCUACACUCUGGAAUCCUUAAGUCUUGUACGAUUGUAGCUACGACUGUGACUGAUUUCAAUAGCUGAGCCAAUUGCAAUACCUUGCCCUGUGUGUGUGCGCGUCUGUCUGUCUGUCUGUCUGCCUCUUUGUCUGUCUGUCUCUCUCUCUGUCUGUCUCUCUGUAUGUAGGGGAGGUAAAGGUUUGGCUCAUUGCACUGAAUGUCCUACAUGAGUCCUGACUUAAAAACUAUGGACCCAUGCACUCUUUCCCCUUAACACACCCACACUCGCACACACACACACCAGUCUGAUGCCAGGUUAUUGUAUAAGGCUUCACUUGCACUGAGGUCAUUCACACAGGGGUAAACACAUUUGUCAUGUUUAACAUGAAGUUACGCAGGUUUAAACUUUUUCAACUGAAACUAGGAUUAAAGAACAAUAACAUUGUAUAGGAACGUCUGCCAAAUGCUGUAAAUGCAGAGUGAAUUACAUUUAUCUCAUUUGUGCAGGUGAAAAUUUGGUUGAGGGUCUUGCUCAAUAGCCUAACAGUGGCAGCUUGGUGAUUCUGGGAUGUGAACUCAAAGGCAUCUGAGCUGUAAUCCAAGGCUUUAACCACUGAGCUUCCAGUCCAAUAUAACGUGCCCCUGGAAAUAGUGGCUAUACAAAUCUUUGCAUAUCUUUUUUUUUUUUUUUGGCUAUUCACAAUUAUGGUGAAUAUACAAAUGUUUGAUAGUAGAGAAACAAAUGAUGUGUUAGUAAUAGUGAGACUGUAACACUCCAGUGACUCAAACUCCUGUAAUCUGAAAUGAAAGCCUCUAUUGAUAUCAUUUCAUGUCUUUUCACUCCAGUGACUUAAGAUUUGUGGUAAAAUACUGUAAAUGUGUGAACAUUGUUUUACUACAGAAAUAAAGAAUUCCCUUUA